AUGUACAUUCAAAAACCUUCAAAAAUAAAUGUGCGUUUGAAAAAGAAACGGCUGCAGGACCUGAAAAAUGAGCUGGAGAAGCGCCAGGAGAGAAAUUCCCCCCAAAUCCCGGAGAUUUCCCAGCUGGAAUUCCCGGCCCGGGAAGAGGAGGAGGAAAAGCAGGAGCCGGACUCGAAAAGCUCCCUCGGGUUCCUGAAGGAUUUUUGGUGGUUCCUGAGGGGUUUUUGGCGUUUCCUGAGGGGUUUUUGGUGGUUCCUGAGGGUUCCUGAGGGGUUUUUGGUGGUUCCUGAGAGGUUUUGGUGGUUCCUGAGGGGUUUUUUGUGGUUUUCUUUCUUCCCCAGGUGCGGGAAGGUGACUUUCCAGCUGCCCCCGGACGCAGCUGCGGGGUCGGAGGAGCGGAUCUGUCACUUCUCCUGGAGGAGCAACGCCCUCAAGGAGACCCUGAGGAAGCUCCAAGCCCCCGUGACCCUGGACCCCGACACGGCCCACCCCGAGCUGGUGCUGUCGGAGGAUGGGAAGAGCGUCCGUCGGCGCUGCGGGCCCGGCCCGGCCCGGAACCUUCCGGACAGCCCCGAACGCUUCGACUACUGGCCCUUCGUGCUGGGCCGGCCCGGCUUCGCCUCCGGCCGCCACUGCUGGGCCGUGGACGUGGGGGACGGCGGCGACUGGGCCGUGGGGGUGGCCCGGGACUCGGUGGCCAGGAAGGGCCGCCUGCCCCUGGGCCCCCAGGGCGGGAUUUGGGGCCUGGAGCGCUGGGGGGGGCAGCUGAGGGCGCUGACCCCCCGAAAGGUGACCCCCCUGCCCCUGCGCCGGGUGCCCCGCAGGGUCGGCGUCCACCUGGACUACGCCGCGGGCACCGUGGCCUUCUUCGACGGCGAGGGGGCGGCGGGCGGGGGGCUCCUCUUCCUCUUCUCCCGCGCGGCCUUCGCCGGGGAGAGGGUCCGGCCCUGGCUCUGGGUGGUGGGGGCGAGGGCCCAGCUCAGGAUCUGCCCCUGAGAGGGAGGGGGGGACGGAGGGGUUCCCAUCAGGGACCAGCAAAAACUGCUCAGGGACCAGCAAAAACCACUUGGGGACCAUCAAACACCACUCAGAGACCAUCAAAAUCCCCUCAAGAGCCGUCAAAAACACAUCAGGGACCAUCAAAACCACUCAGGCACCACCAAAAACCACUUGGGGACCAGCAAAAACCACUUGGGGGCCACCAAAAACCACUUGGGAUCCAGCAAACACCACCCAGGGACCAUCAAAAAUCACUUGGGGACCAUCAAAAAUCACUCGGGGACCAGCAAAAACCACUUGGGGACCAACAAAAACCACUUGGGGACCAACAAAAACCACUUGGGGACCAGCAAAAAUCACUUGGGGAC